GUUUCAACACUGCCUUCAUUCACUGGCGAACCCUGCAGCGGGGCCUUACUGCCUUGGCAAUGACAAAGUGGACCCCGCUAGACCCAGUUCUCGUCCCUCUCGGCCACUGAGCAGCCCACGCCGUCCAACGUCAAUGUCGCAGCCUCGCUUUCACCUCAUCUCACUCCCCAACAAUCCACUUGCCACUCCCACCAAGGAGAAGACGAAGCCGCUCUACUCGAACAACACAAGCACAAUGCCACCCCCCGCUCCGCCGCAAGAGCAGCAUCUCGAUCAAGCCAAGCUAAAAGCCUUCGAGAAUGCCGCUGCUGGUCACGACGGAGUGCUAUUAGACGAGUCCGGGGAGCUGGUUAUCAAGCCCUGUACCGACGCCGAAGUAGCCUUUUAUCAGGAAUCGCUGAAUUUUCACCCCAAAUUCUACGAAUUGAUGCCGACUUUCAUGGGAACCUUGACUCUGGGCGCGCCUACGAUUCCGCCCGAUAUAACAACUGCAACCACCCACGAACCGGAAAAGGAACUGUCCCAGGAGCAAAAAGAUAAAAGCCUUUUGCAUGGCCAGGCACUCGAUACACAAACGGCCAUUGUCCUUCAGAACCUCGAAGCCGGGUUCAAGCGGCCGAAUGUUCUCGAUAUCAAGCUAGGCGCGACAUUAUAUGAUCCCGCACGAACAGCGCCAGAAAAAGCAGCACGACUGGACAAAGUAGCAAGCGAGACAACAAGCGGAUCUCUCCAUUUCCGCAUCGCGGGCAUGAAAGUAUGGAACGGCAAAACCUUUGACAUUUACGACAAAUUCUACGGCCGCAAAUUCCAGCCCCACAACAUCCAAGACGGCUUUGCCACUUUUUUCUCAGGACUCUCCACAAGCAGCGUCUCCAAAAGCGACGCUCGCGAUCUCCUCGAAACCAUUCUCGCCGAAAUCACCAAAGCUAGACAUAGUCUCGAACGAUCCGAAUCGCGCAUGUACAGCGCCAGUAUCCUCAUCGUGUACGAAGGCGACUCAGACGCGCUCGACAAUGUGAUGGGAACUCCUCCCAAGACUCCACUGGUGGAUGAACGUGCUCCGACGACUCUCGAGCUGAAGCAGAGUAUUGCCGAGGAAGAAGAAGAAGAGGAAGAAGGGGAGGAGCGGCCGACGACGCAUUGUGUGAAAAUGAUUGAUUUUGCUCAUGCGGCGUGGACGCCGGGUCAGGGAGCUGAUAUGAAUGUCAUUACGGGCUUGCAGAAUGUGGAGGAGCAGAUGGAUGUGUUGAUUGCGAGGUUUGAGUGAGUGGAGUUAUAGAUGAAUAAAUGAAUUGAAAUAGAGAAAUUACUCUUUACUUGACUUGUUUAUAUCGGGAAGUCAACUACCAAC